AGUGGACCCCAGGCCUCGGGCCACCAGUCCUGCUGGGCCACCUCCCUCCUUCCUGCCCCGGCCUCCCGCUGGGGGUGGGCGCAGCGCGAGCAGUUAAAGGGGCAGUGCAUUUAAAGGAACCGUGCACGUGGGUCUCAAAGGUGCAUCCAGGGAGGCAGGGCCAUGCUCACAUUCAUGGCCUCUGACAGCGAGGAGGAAGUGUGUGACGAGAGGACCUCCCUGAUGUCGGCUGAGAGCCCCACACCGCGCACCCACCAGGAGGGCAGGCAGGGCCCGGAGGACGCAGAGAACACCACCCAGUGGAGAAGCCAGGAAAACGAAGAGGACUGUGAGGAGGACCCUGAUCGCUACGUCUGCAGCGGGGUGCCUGGGAGGCCCUCAGGCCUGGAGGAAGAACUGACCCUCAAAUACGGGGCAAAGCACGUGAUCAUGCUGUUUGUGCCUGUCACACUGUGUAUGGUCGUGGUGGUGGCCACCAUCAAGUCCGUGCGCUUUUACACAGAGAAGAAUGGACAACUCAUCUACACACCCUUCACCGAGGACACGCCCUCAGUGGGCCAGCGCCUCCUCAACUCCGUGCUCAACACACUCAUCAUGAUCAGUGUCAUCGUGGUCAUGACCAUCUUCCUGGUUGUGCUGUACAAGUACCGCUGCUACAAGUUUAUCCACGGCUGGUUGGUCAUGUCCUCCCUGAUGCUGCUAUUUCUCUUCACCUACAUCUACCUUGGCGAAGUGCUCAAGACCUACAACGUGGCCAUGGACUACCCUACGCUCUUCCUGAUCGUGUGGAACUUCGGGGCAGUGGGCAUGGUGUGCAUCCACUGGAAGGGCCCCCUUGUGCUGCAGCAGGCCUACCUCAUCAUGAUCAGUGCGCUCAUGGCCUUGGUGUUCAUCAAGUACCUCCCGGAGUGGUCCGCCUGGGUCAUCUUGGGUGCCAUCUCCGUGUACGAUCUCGUGGCUGUGCUGUGCCCCAAAGGGCCACUGAGGAUGCUGGUGGAGACUGCCCAGGAGAGAAACGAGCCCAUCUUCCCUGCCCUGAUAUACUCUUCUGCCAUGGUGUGGACGGUGGGCAUGGCCAAGCCGGACCCCUCCUCCCAGGGAGCCCUCCAGCUCCCCUACGAUCCAGAGAUGGAGGAAGACUCCUAUGACGGUUUUGGGGAGCACUCGUACCCGGAAGUCUUUGAACCCCCCCUGCCUGGCUACCCGGGGGAGGAGCUGGAGGAAGAGGAGGAAAGUAAGCCUCCUCUCAGGACUUCGGAGACCAAUGGGUGCACUUUCUCUUCCCCACACAGGGGGUGUGAAGCUUGGCCUCGGGGACUUCAUCUUCUACAGCGUGCUGGUGGGCAAGGCGGCAGCCACCGGCAGUGGGGACUGGAACACCACGCUGGCCUGCUUUGUGGCCAUUCUUAUUGGUUUGUGUCUGACCCUCCUGCUGCUGGCUGUGUUCAAGAAAGCGCUGCCUGCCCUCCCCAUCUCCAUCACGUUUGGCCUCAUCUUCUACUUCUCCACAGACAACCUGGUCCGCCCGUUCAUGGACACCUUGGCCUCCCAUCAGCUCUACAUCUGACACGAAAUGCAGUGCUGUGGGCUGGAAGCUGUGGGGAAUUUUAACUUGAUGCAGUUGUAUAGUUUUCACUCUAGUGCCAUAUAUUUUUAAGACUUUUCUUUCCUUUAAAAAAAUAAUAAAAACCAUUGUGUUUACUUCGUGAAGAUGAAGCAGAACCAGCUUUUUGGUGCUAGUUGUUUCUGUCACCAGAUUUUGGCUCACCCUGUCAUCAGCACUCACUUCACCAACAGGAAACACAGAUUUAUCUAGCUGAACUGAGAAGGGUUGCCCAAGGUGAGGAGAGGACAUGGAAAAGGACGCCUGUUCACACUUCACGGCCUGGGAUCGUCCGAGGGCUGACGUGAAUGACGAUGUUCGUCUGUUAGGGACCAGGAGUACAUGCUUGGGAACUUGACUAAGCACCUGUCACUCUGGCCAGAGAAGACAAGCCAUUUUUUUCUGCAAGGAAUGUUCCCAGUGCUUUGUCUAUGAUGUCAUUGUUAUUUUAUUACUUUUAGAAGCAGAGUCCCAUUCUUGUGACAUCAAGUUACUGCUGGGAAAUGGCUUAAUAUUAUAUCAAUAAAUAGAUGAACCCCGUUGGGAUGUUGGUGUUUGGUCUCUGUAAGUGUUGACCUCUGUCCCUGUGUCUCUGCGGCACCCCAGAAUAACGUAUGCUGCAGGCACUUAAGGGAAGAGAUUUGCCCGGUUACGAAGGAGAGAUACUUCGCUGUCUUCCCUCUCUGAAAUCAUUUAUUUGACCAGCAAGUUUUCUAAGCAAAGGUUUUCAGAGAGCAGCAAAGCAAGAUGUCCAACCUCUCUGAGGUAGAGCAGGCUCUUAUGAGCAGAUCCCCUGUGUGCCAGCCCAGGCCCUGGCCCUUUGUACACGUUGUCGGAAACAAUCCAAGGUGGUUGCCUAAAUGUCAGUGGUUGCUUUAUUGAGUGUCCCUCCUCAACAGAAACCAGUGCUCCAGGGCCAGGCAAGAGCCGAUGUCCAGAAGCUCACUUUCUCUUCCUUAUCUGGUCGUAGUUCUGGGCACUCUGGUUGGGGGAGUGGACAAGUUGGGUUUUUCUUUUCCUUAUGCAUCUGACGCAGUGUCCAGGCUGCAGGGAGAACCUCUUGGUAGUGACUUCAGCUUCUUGGCCGUGCAGAGCAGGCUGCUGUCACUGCUGAUGAGCACAGCUGCUGAGUAGCUGAGACAAAGCAUGUGCUGUGUUUGGAGUUCAGCCUGGUAGCACUGUCCACUUGUUCCAGAAAUAAUGUCAGUGUCGGGACUGGGUAUUUAUUAUGAGAGGAGUAAAAGGGUAUGUUGGUGUUUGACUGGAGCUUUCUUUUUCCUGGACUGUUUGGUGAAUGAGGUAGGGGGAGGGCUGAGAAGGCCCAAUGCCAUUUAUCCUGGUGGUGGCACUUGCAUGUACCAGCAGUUGGAAAGCUGCAGAGCUAUGACUUACGACUAAUAAGCAGUCAGAGACAAAGGGGUGAUAACAUCACAGUCAUGAAAGCCAGAAGUAGGAAGAGUUUUAAGAGGAUGAGAAAUGGCUCCUGAUGUUAAAAGCCACCAAGAGGUUAACCAGUUACCAUCAAGUUGAUUCCAACUCAUGGCAACCUCAUGUGUGUCUUGAGUAGAACUGUGCUGCACAGGUUUUGCAGUGGCUGAUUUUUUUGAAAGUAGACUACCAGGCCUUUUUUCUGAGGCUCCUCUUGAUGGACUCCAACCUCCAGCCUUUUAGUUAGUAGCCAAGUGUGUUAACCAUUUGCAUCACCCAGGGACUCAUACCAAGAGGUUAAGGGGGUAAGAAAAACUGCCAGAAGCCCAUUAAAAGUGGCAAUUAGGGCAAUAUUUAUCUUUGAAAGAGUAGGCUUAGGGUGGGGUUUCCAAAGAUGAUAUUGGAUACAUUUGUUAGGCAUAAGGAGAUCUUUGUCAAAGGCCUGACUGGGGAUGCUGGGGGUGGAGGUCACAUUCAGAGGUAAAAGCUAAAGGUGAUGGUCCCAUAUUGAAGUAGAUUGACAGUGAGGGAAGCAGCUGUGUGAUUAAGGGGACGCAUCUGUUAAAAUUGGAAAAAAAAAGGAAAAGUGAGAGGACACUAGGAUAAGAGCUACUGGAGAGAAAAAGGAACCUGAGGAGGGUCAACAUGCGGAAACUUGGUUCCUGAGGAGCUGGGAGACCAGCGAACAUGGAACACCAGUGGGGGAGAGAGGAAAGAUGAAGGGGUUCAAAAAGAUAGAAUUCAAACAAGCUGAAAAGAUGAGGGAACUGGUGCACAAGCCCCUGUAUACCCACCACCGGAUGUAACCAGCCAGCUAAUCUUAAUACUUGUCCACACUGGCUUCAGAUUUGUUGUUAGAAGUAAACUCUGUCAUUUUGAGGUCCUUCCCUAAUCUUUUCCCUAAUCCUACUGCUGCCCUCCUGCUGUCCUGAAGUCCAUUUUAUCUUUCCCAUCCAUGUUUAGUUUAGUUUUGCAUGUUUUUUUUAAAAAAAAAAACUUUACAAUAGUAGUAUCAUACUGCAUAUAUUGGACAAUUUGCUUUAAUUUACAUGUUUGAGCUGUUCAUGUAUAUAAAUGUAACUCUGCUUCAGCCAUUUUAACUAUUGUAUAGUACUCCGUUGUGUGAUAUUCCGCUAUCCAUUAUGCUACUGAUGGACACUUAGGGAUUUUCAGUGUUUCUGUAUGAUAGGUAUACUGCAACCAACAUUCUAUUAUGUUUUGUGAAUUUGGGUGAGAGAAAAAUCUGUAUUUUUAUGUAAAAUUGGAAGUCCUCUAAUUCAGUUGCUCCCUGAGCAGUUUUAUCAAUUUAUACUUCAGCAGUAUGAGAGUUCCCCCUUCUCCCAAACUCGGCAUUAUCAGAAUUUUCGUUUUUUGCUAAUUGGAUAGGUGUUAUCUCCUUUAGGUUUUAGUUUGCAUUUCCUGUUUUUUUUUUUUUCCCAAUUGUUUUAUUGUGGUAAAAAUAUAUAUAACAAAACAUUUGCCAAUGUAGUGUUUUUUGCACAAACAUUCAGUGCCGUUGGUUAUGUUCCUCAUUUUGUGUAACCAACAUCAGUAUCCACUUCCAAUUAACAGAAACUCAGUGCCUCCUAAACAGAGACACCCCCCUCCUAGCCCUGGUAACCAGCAGUACACUUUGGUCCCUACACAUUUGCCUGUUUCCUAUAAGUGGGAUCAUAUAGUAUUUGUCCUUUUGUGAUUGGUUUAUUUCACUCCACAUAAUAUUUUUAAGGUUCAGCCAUGUGGUGCCGGGUAUCAGGACUUCAUUCCACUCUAUGGCUGAGUAAUUAUUCCACGGUGUGUAUAUAUGACGUUUUGGUUAUCCAUUCAUCUGUUGAUGUACACUUAGGUUGUUUGCACCUUUUCGUUUCCUCAGUUUUUAUCGACAUUAAACAUCUUCUUA